CAGAGCCAAUGGGAGCCUGCGAAGGGCGGGGCCGGUGGCGGCCGUCGGUUCCCGUCAGGCCUUGAGCGAGGCGACGGAGGGGCCAUGUCGGUGGCGUUCGUGCCGGAGCGGCUGCGCGGGAAGACGGAGGUGAACCAGGAGACGCUGCAGCGGCUACUGGAGGAGAACGACCAGCUGAUCCGGUGCAUCGUGGAGUACCAGAGCAAGGGCCGGGCCACCGACUGCGUGCAGUACCAGCAUAUCCUGCACAGAAACCUCAUUUAUUUAGCUACAAUUGCUGAUGCGACGCCACUCAGCAUGCAGAAGACCACAGAAUGACUGCACAUACCUGGACACAAGCAGGGAUGCUUUAACCAUCAGUAGAACUACUUAGUUUAGAGUCCUGCUUUUAUGAGCUGAGAGGGUGUGGUCUUGACAGGCAGGUAAAAAGUCAUCUAUGCAUUUAUGUUGAAAAUGUGAAUGUAGCUUUUAAUGUCAUAUUAGGCUAGCUUCUUCCCUCUUUCUGUAAGCAGAACUUCUUAAGGGUGAUCAUUAUCAUAGUCCUGUGUUUUUUUCCCCUCUGAAAAACUACAUGUAGUGUACUACUGAACAUAGCCUGGUGGUCAGGACAGUGCUACCACAGGGGCGUUUGGAGGCCCUAUGCAGUCUCAUGACGCAGAGGCUUUCAUGACGUAAGACUGUACAAUAACAGGGAAGCAUUUAACUGGAUGACUUCUACCUCCAACACAACACAGCCAGUCAUUUACUGCCAUAGAUGCAAGCAGAAGACUGUUUUGUACCUUGUACUGUAAGACUUUACUCAGUAAAUUAAAGAUGUUCCUUGUAAAUUAUAAUGUAUUUCUGGAUUCAUGUAACAUUAACAAAGGAGCAGCUCAGUGAUGUUGUGAAGCAAGAAUGUUAAUGUCUCUAGGGAGGGUGAGACUGUUGCAUAACAUGGCAGUGGGGUGCAAGGGAGAAACGGAGCCUUUAUUCCAGUGAGAGAAGGCUGUGUGUUUGCCCUAGUUGUGUCAAGGCUUUUCCUUUUUGCUUGAAAUGCUCUGUACUGUAGACUCUGUAAACAAGUAAAUUCUUGCAUAAUCACAA